GGAGCAACAUCAGGUGAAGAAAGUGGUUCAGAAGAAGAAGGAGGUAGUGAUAGUGAAAGUGGACAAUCAGGAUCUUCCGCAAAGUCAACAUCGAAAUCUGGUGCAUCGUCCAAAUCAAAAUCCAAAUCUUCUUCAAAAUCAGGAGCAACAUCUGGUGAAGAGAGUGGUUCAGAAGAAGGAGGUAGUGAUAGUGAAAGUGGACAAUCAGGAUCUUCCGCAAAAUCUUCUGCAAAGUCAACAUCGAAAUCCGGUGCAUCAUCCAAAUCCAAAUCUAAAUCUUCUUCAAAAUCAGGAGCAACAUCGGGCGAAGAGAGUGGUGCCGAAGGCAGUGAAAAUGAUGGAAGUGACAAAGAAGAACAAUCAGGAUCAUCUACGGCAAAGUCAACAUCAAAAUCUGGUGCAUCAUCCAAAUCAAAAUCAAAAAGCAAAUCAUCAAAAAGUGGCACUGAUGAUAGUGAUGCAAGUGAUUCAACAGCUGCCUCAGAAUCAUCAUCUCCUACAUCGAAAACCAAAUCAAAAACACUUUCCACGAAAUCAAAAUCGACUGCGGUUUCAUCCAAAUCGAAAUCAAAAUCGGCAACAGAUUCUACGUCAACGUCGGCAGCAUCGUCGAAAAAACUUAAAUCCAAAUCGAAAUCUGUAUCGAAAAAAUCCAAAAAGAAAUAAGAAAAAAUUGAAGGAGAUUUUAACGCAUGGUAAUGGAAAAAAAACAGCGCGAAAAAAUUAAAAUUAAAUUUAAAAAUUGAAAAUCCUCAUCAAUAAUGAUGUGUGUUACAUUCUAUUUGAAUAAAACUGAAUUUAUUGUUCGGCGCGCUCUUUUUUUUCAGCGCAUUUA